AUGCUUGCGAUCAUCAUCUGUACCGUUAUUCUUAUUUUAAUUGGUGCAGCUAUUGGUAUUGCAUUAGGUGUUAGUUUGAAUAGAAAUACAGGUAGUUUUCGAUGGAAUCCAACUGGAAUUGUAGUACUUGGUAAUGGGACAGCUGGUUCGGAAUCAAAUCAAUUAAAUAGACCAUUUGGAAUUUAUAUAGAUAAUAAUGACAUAUUAUAUAUAACAGAUUUUGGAAAUAAUCGAAUACAAAAAAUGAUAUUAUCUACUGGUGUCAUAACAACAAUUGCCGGGAAUAUUACAGCAGGAAAUAGUAAUACUCAAUUAAAUGGUCCUGAAUUUGUUUAUCCUGAUGGAAAUCAAAAUAUUUAUGUACCUGAUUACUAUAAUUACCGUAUUCAAAGAUUCCCAUCGGGAUCAUUAAUCGGUACCACAAUCGCAGGAACGGGAACACCUGGAAAUGCUACAAAUCAAUUUAAUGGAAUAAAAAAUAUUUGGUUAGAUUCAUCAUAUCAAUAUUUAUAUGAAGUUGAAUCAUUAAAUAAUCGUGUUAUGAGAUUUUCAACUAAUUCAAUAAAUGGUACCGCUGGAACAGUUGUUGCAGGUGGAAAUAAUCCUGGAAAUAAUACAGAUCAAUUAAAUAAUCCCCAAGGAAUUUAUUAUGAUACAUCAUCAAAUUCAAUGUAUAUUGCAAAUUAUGGUGGACAUACAAUAAUUAAAUGGAUACCAGGUGCAUCAAACGGAUCAGUUGUUGCUGGAACCUCAGGUCAAAGUGGAAAUACUUCAUCAUUACUUAAUUCUCCAUUGGAUGUUCGAGUUGAUCAAUAUCAGAAUAUUUAUGUUGCAGAUUCGAGAAAUUUUAGAAUACAAAGGUUUUGUGUAAAAAAUGGAAAUCAAGGUACUACAAUAGCUGGAGGAAAUGGAGCGGGUAAUUCAACUAUACAUUUAGCUCAACCAAGAAGUUUACAUUUUGAUUCUCAAAUGAAUUUAUAUGUUAGUGAUACUACCAAUCAUAGAAUUAUUAAAUUUGUUAAAGUUUAA